AUGUGCGCCCCGCGGCGGUACGUGCUGUUGCAGACGUUCUUCCUGAUGAUCCUCGAAGGCGCCCGACCUCAGUCUUCUUCCUCCCCGCCGGGGACGGUGCCCACCGCUUCCUCCCGCCCGGGGACGGUGCCCACCGCUUCCUCCCCGCCGGAGACGACGGUGCCCACCGCUUCCUCCCGCCCGGGGACGGUGCCCACCGCUUCCUCCCCGCCGGAGACGGUGCCCACCGCUUCCUCCCACCCGGGGACGGUGCCCACCGCUUUCUCCCGCCCAGAAGCGGUGCCAUCCUCUUCCUCCCCGCCCGGGAUGGUGUCCAUCUCUUCCUCUCCUCCCGGGACGGUGCCAUCCUCUUCCUCCCCGCCCAGGAUGGUGCCCACCUCUUCGGACCUGGGGCCAAGUACGCUGGGCGGGACCUUCCAGUCCUCCAGCGAAAGCACUGAAACCCCGCGGGCCUUGCCUGGGACCUCCACCGUGGUCCGUACUGCCCAGACCUCAUUGGCACCUGGGAAUAAGACCAUGGACGUCUUUCCAGUCUUACCCAUCUGUGUGUGUGACUUGACUCCUGGCACCUGUGACAUAAAUUGUUGCUGCGACAGGGACUGCUAUCUUCCCCAUCCGAGCACCGUUUUCUCCUUCUGCCUUCCUGGGAGUGUAAGAUCUUCAAGCUGGGUAUGUGUGGACAACUCUCUUAUCUUCCGGAGUAAUUCCCCAUUUCCCACAAGAGUUUUCAUGGGUUCGAAUGGAAUUAAGCAAUUUUGUGUUCGUGUGAACAACUCAAGAUCAAACUACUUCCAGAAUCUCCAAGAAGUUAAUACAACCAACUUUCAGGCCCUGGCUACAGAGUUUGGAGGCAAGUCAUUCACUUCAACAUUUCAAACCCAAUCACCACAACCUUUUUACAAGGCUGGGGACCCAAUUAUGACUUACUUCCCCAAGUGGUCCGUAGUCAGCCUACUGAGACAGCCUGCAGAAGUGGGAGCUGGAGGACUCUGUGCUGAGAGAAAUCCUGCAAGUUUUCUAGAAAGUAAAAGUACAACAUGCACUCGUUUCUUUAAGAACCUGACAAGUAGCUGUAGCGUGGAUCCAGCCCUGGAUGCUGCUUCUUACUAUAACUUCACAGUCUUGAGGGUUCCAAGAAGUGUGACUGACCUACAGAACAUGGAGGUGAUAUAUGAGAUAGAGACCAAUGGAACUUUUGGAAUCCAGAGAGUCUCUGCCAGUUUUGAACUAACCAACCUGCCUGUUGAACCAGAUGUUUCCUUACAACAGCACUUCAUCAUUCGCUUCAAGGCUUUUGAACAAAGCACAGCUGCUUCCCUUCCAGGUACUAGAAGUGGGAAUCCUGGCUAUAUUGUUGGAAAGCCUCUCUUGGCUCUAACUGAUGGUAUAAGUCAUUCUAUGACCCUUUUGCAGAGUCAGAGUGAUGGGAGCUGCUCUCCUAAGAGACAUAAAAUAGAGUUUGGGAUGAAUGCAGUAUCUGGAUGCAAGCUCAGGCUGAAGAAGGAAAACUGUGACCACCUGCAUCAAGAGAUUUAUCAGACCCUCCAUGGAAGGCCCAGGCCAGAGUAUGUCGCCAUUUUUGGUAAUGCGGACCCAUCCCAGAAAGGACAGUGGACCAGGAUCCUCAACAAAGAAUGCAAGGUUUUGGCUAUGAAUUGUACGUCCUGCUGCUUCAUACCAGUUUCUUUGGAGAUCCAGAUAUUGUGGGCAUAUGUAGGCCUCCAGUCCAACCCACAAGCUCAUGUGUCUGGAGCCCGAUUCCUAUACCACUGCCAGUCUGUCCAGGAUUCCAGACUUCCAACAGAAUUAUCAGUGACAACUCUUGUGACCUUUGUGGACAUUACCCAGAAACCAGAGCCUCCAAGGGGCCAAACACAGUUGGACUGGAAAAUGCCAUUUGACUUCUUCUUUCCCUUCAGAGUGGCAUUCAGCAAAGGAGCAGACUCUCCAACAGGCUCAAUCUUUCCUGUCCUUGUAUUCUGUCUCCUACUGCUGGGUGUUCUCAACUUAGAUACUAAGUGA